AUGGACGCUCUCAAAGCAGAGAUUGCAGCAAAACGCAAAGUCCUAGAGGAAGACCCAAUCUUGGCUCAACGCCCCACAAAGUACAUGCGCAGAGGCGACAUCGAACGUAUCAAAGAAGAACAAGAACGCAAAGCAGAAGAAGAAAAACGUCGAAAACAAGAAGAAGAACGGCGUGAAGCCGAAGCUCGUGCUUCAGCCAAGAGAGCAGCUUCCAAGUCCAAAUCACCCUCUAAAUCACCAGGUCUGCUGAGCUCCGAACGUGAAGGUUCCGAACAACCAAAAGAAUCCACCUUCAACACAAUCUCAAACGAAGAAACAAUCCGCCGUCUACGCGCUAAAGGCCAGCCCAUCCGCCUCUUCGGCGAAUCAGACAAAGACAGACGACUCCGUCUCCGCGCUCUCGAACUCAUCGAGGAGAAGGACCAUGCGAGACAUGGAGGGCAGAACGACUUUAAGAAGGCCCUGGAGGAUGUGGAGAAGACGGAACAGGAGAUGAAGGCUAAAGCGGAGGCUCAGGCGGAGAAGGGGAAGAAGAAGGAUACGACUGGCGAGAGAGAUGGAAGUGGGAAUACCAUUUUGGACUUGGAUUUGAUCAAGACCGACCCGGAUAGACUGUAUCCUAUCAUUUACUACGCCCUCAAGCGGAUAUUGAAGGAAUGGGAAGAGUCUAUGGAUGAGAGGCCGGAGGAAGUGAAACGAACAAGACAAGGCAAACUCGCAGCAGCGACUCAAGUCCAGUCUGCAGAGUACCUCAAACCACUAUUCAAACAACUCCGGUCAAGAUCCCUACCCAGCGACAUGCUCGCCCGAAUUGCAGAAAUCGUCCACUUUACCCAAAAACGACAGUACCAACGCGCCAACGACGCAUACCUUCGUCUCUCAAUCGGAAACGCACCCUGGCCUAUUGGUGUAACCAUGGUUGGUAUCCACGAACGCUCAGCACGAGAAAAGAUUUCAGCAGACCAAGUCGCUCACGUCCUCAACGACGAAGUCAGUCGGAAAUACAUCCAGAGUCUGAAACGGCUUAUCACUUUCUCACAAACCAGAUACCCACCAGACGACAUUUCGCAGCUUAUGGGUUGA